AUGUCACAACUCUCUGGGAGCAUCAUAUCGUGGAAUGACAUGGCACAAAAAUUUACCAUGAAAUUCUUCCCACCAUCUCGAGUCCACCAAAUCAGAAAUGAAGUAUAUCUUUUCAGACAGAAGGAUCAUGAGACAUAUCCGAAAGCAUGGGAUAGGUUCAAAAGUGCGUUUAGGAAAUGUCCAAAUCUUGAUGUUCCUAAACUGGCACAAAUAUAUCUAUUCUAUAAUGGACUGCAUGCUGAAUUUCGCAAUAUAGUUGAUGCUUCUGUGGGUGGAUCAAUUUUGACUAUCGAGGUGGAUGAUGCACAUAAUUUAUUUGAGAGGAUUGCUGAGAAUCAGGCCAACUGGCUAACAGAUAGGGAAGCUCCGAGAAAAAUAGUUGGAUUGCAUAAUGUGGACGCAGUAACAGCAUUGGUAGCGCAGAUGGAAGCAAUAACAAAAAAGCUUGAUACUUUAACUCAAUUUGUGCACAUGGUACAACAUCCAGCUCCGGUAUGUGCAGGUUGUGGGGUAGAUCACAUCACUACAAGCUGUCCUUUGACUUCUACUCACAUGGGUCAGUCAGCAGAGGUCAAUUAUUCACAAAACUAUCAGAGGCAAAAUGGAUCUUACCCAUACAACUACCAUCCGGGUUUGAACAAGCAUUCCAACUAUUUGUGGGUGGAUAAUCCAGAUCAAGUAAAUCAGAUGAAGGCCAAUCCACUAGUAAUUCAGCAACAGCAAGGUAAGAGGCAAUCCUUGGAAGAUCUACUGGUCACGUACAUCACCAAGACUGAAACAGUAUUAGCAGCUGAGGCGGUAAAUUAUGCAACUAUUGAGCUCACAUCUACCACAUCCACCACCCCUGUCAAAGUUUAUGUGCCACCCAUUUCAUUUCCUCAAAGAUUUCAACGCCAGCCAACAGCAGAGCAGGUUCAGGCCAUCACUACUAGAAGUGGUGUUCAAUUGCUAAAAAUCACUGUAAAGAGGAAGGAGACAGAGAUAACUCAAAUGCUUACUAAGGAUAAGGAACCGAUUGAGCAGUUUGAAGAAGCAAUAGAAAAGGACCAACAGACAAUUUCAAACAAUCCACAGUUUAAGGCAAAUAUUCUUGGCACUUCACUGACACCUCUGGUCCCUUUUCCUCAAAUGUUACAGAAGACUAAAUUGGAGAAGCAAGCUAUGAAAUUCCUAGAAAUCCUCAAAAAGUUGCAUGUCAACAUCCCAUUCAUUGACGCUAUCCUUCAAAUCCCAAACUAUUCUGAGUUUUUGAAGGAGAUGCUGACUAAAAAGAGGAAGUUGCCUGAGCAUGAAAUAAUAACACUAUCUGAAGAGUGCAGUGCGAUCACCCAGCACAGGAUCCCUCCCAAACUUAAAGAUCCAGGGGGUUUCACUUUACCUUGCUCCAUAGGAAACUUACAAGGUAUUAAUUGUUUAAUUGAUUUAGGAGCAAGUAUUAACUUAAUUCCUUUGCCUCUUUGCAGGAAAUUGAGAUUGGGAGAUCCCAAGGCGGCUUCUAUCAUCCUUCAGCUGGCGGACUGA